AUGAAUGACGACCAUUUCGAUGCUCAAGGUCUCCUGGAAUCAAUCGAGCUCACAAGGCAAGCUGAAGCCUUCCACCACGAAAUAUCGUGUCUCCGCACAUGUGCGAACGCUGAAGUCGGGGUGAUUUUGGACCGUAUCAAGCGCAUGAAGGCGGAUCUGCGAGGGCCUUGGUCGCCUCCUCGCGGGGGUGUAUUAUCGCCACCCACAAACCACGAAGCAGAAUUACCGAAAGCCCGCGCAUUGAUCCAUUCUCGACUGGAGUGCUGCCUCUUGCACAUGUUCAUCGGACGACCCUUCAUCCUCGCACACCGUCACGCGCGGACCAAUGCACAUUCUAAGGACGCUAAUGCCGCAUCCCCAGAGGUACGCCGGAGGAAAGCAUCCGAGUCCCACUCACAGUGGGACUUCUUGGUCCAGGACUGCGUUGCGGCUGCGAAGGAAGUUAUCAGCACAUGUCAAAUCAUGCAGACGGGCGACAUGGGCCUUGCAAAGUCGUCAUAUGCCGAGUAUAGUUCCUGCCGCGCGUCCCUGCUGGUCUUGAUCGCCUAUAGCAUAUGUUACCGUACAAAUGAGUUCGCAAACACCCUACAAGUAGGUCUCCAAGCGAUCAGAGAAAUGGCUUCGGCGGGCGAUUCCGCGCGUUCAGAAGUGUCGCUCCUGGAGACACUGGAAGCUGCGCUGCAUCGACUUCACGUUUUCAAUCCAUUACCCAGUCAACCUGCGGUCACGGAAGCAAAUGAUGCAGCUGAAGAGGGCUACAACGGUCUUCUUAACUGGUAUAAGAAAGCAGAAAGGUCCACUGUCCCUCGUUUUGGGCCUUCGGCAUCCGGACAUGCAGAUGUACAGGCAGCAACGGCGCAAGGCCCAAGGAUAGCACCAAACAGAACCGAUGCAACAGUGGAUACCAUGCCAAGCUAUGUACCCCUUGAUGGCUAUCCGUUCGAUUUCGAUCUACUCAACUCGGAUGGAAGCGAGGCGUUCUUCACCUCGGACUUUGGUGACCAUGGUAAUGCAGAGAGGGAGUUCUUCGAGAGCCUUUCAUGGUUACCGAAGUGA